CAUUAGGAAAAAAUCUCUCAUCAUCAAUGGCUGAGGAAACCUGAGACCAUGAGAUGCCUUAUAUACCAAAUCUUCCUUCCCCCUUCUUCCAUCCCUCUUCUUCCUAUCCCCAAUUCACAGUCUCUCGCAGCUUCUCCUCUUCGUCUAUCCGGUUUGAAAUCUCAGGCCGGGUCCAGUUGGGUCGGGUCGAGGGGAAUGGCGAAGAAAGUAGAUAGCAUUCAACAUGGCCCGGAUUGUAUCUCGUACCUGAGGCAGCAAGAAGCUGCGGAAAUCGAUGAAUUGCUCAUGGGUCCUUUUGGCUUCAGUGUUGAUCAGCUUAUGGAAUUGGCUGGUCUUAGUGUUGCCAAUGCAGUUGCGGAGGUCUAUAAACCCAGUGAAUACAGUAGAGUCCUUGCUAUUUGUGGUCCAGGGAAUAAUGGUGGUGAUGGCCUUGUAGCGGCUCGCCAUCUUCAUCACUUUGGUUACAAGCCAAUUAUAUGUUACCCUAAGCGCACUGCCAAGGCUCUUUAUAGUGGUUUAGUGACUCAGCUUGAGACGCUCUCAAUUUCUUUCUUGUCUGUGGAAGAUCUUCCAAAGGACUUAUCACAGAACUUUGAUAUUAUUCUAGAUGCUAUGUUUGGAUUCUCCUUCCAUGGUGUCCCAAGAGCACCUUUUGACGACCUAAUUCGGAGGCUUGUAGCAUUACAAAGUAAUGAGCCAAGUCAUAAGAAGUCACCGGCUAUUGUGUCUAUUGAUAUUCCAUCUGGAUGGCAUGUUGAACAAGGAGAUCUUAGUAAUGAUGGCAUUAAACCCGACAUGCUUGUCUGUACAGAUACACAUCUUGUUCAUUUUUCUUAUGAAUCUUGGCCUCGUUUGGUUUCUUUAACUGCUCCUAAGUUGUGCGCCAAAAACUACUGUGGCCCACACCACUUUCUUGGUGGAAGAUUUGUUCCACCAUCAGUUAUUGACAAAUUUAAACUCCUUUUGCCCUCAUAUCCUGGAACAUCAUUGUGCCUUCGUAUUGGAAAGCCCCCAAAAAUUGACAUAUCAUCUCUAAGGGAGGAUUACAUAUCCCCCAAGCUGCUUGAGGAGAAGGUUGAGUUAGACCCCUUUGAUCAGUUCGAAAAGUGGUUUGAUGAUGCGUUGGCAGCUGGACUGAAGGAACCAAAUGCUAUGGCAUUGUCCACAACUGGAAAAGACGGAAAACCUUCUUCAAGAAUCGUAUUGCUAAAGGGAGUUGGCAAAAAUGGAUUUGUGUGGUAUACCAAUUAUGAAAGUCGCAAAGCUCGGGAAAUUUACGAAAACCCUCACGCUGCCCUGCUUUUUUACUGGGAUGGUUUAAACCGCCAGGUAAGAAUAGAAGGAUCUGUACAAAAAGUAUCUGAUGAGGAAUCUGAAGAAUACUUCCAUAGCCGUCCACGGGGAAGUCAGAUUGGAGCCAUAGCUAGCAAUCAGAGCACAGUAAUUCCAGGACGCGAUGUUCUUUACCAAGCGUACAGAGAGUUGGAAAUGAAGUACUCCGAAAGAACGGUGAUCAUUCCUAAACCAACGAACUGGGGAGGGUACCGACUCAACCCUAAAUCGUUUGAAUUUUGGCAAGGACAACAAUCUCGUUUGCAUGAUAGGUUGCGUUAUUCUCUAGAAGAGAUGGGUGGAAAGCGAGGUUGGAAAAUUGAGCGUCUGGCACCCUGACUGAUGAUGCUAUCUAGUUUCUCCACUAUGAUCGCAUUGUAUCUCAUCCCUCGCUCCCAACUUUCCUAUGCUGCCCAAAAUUUGGUUUAUGUUGCCCAAAAUUUGGUUGCACAAAUUGCAUAAACAAAACAAAUAACAGGAAUCUAAUAUCCCAACACAGUUAUUUGUUUUGUUUAUGCAUUUUGUGUUGUGGUUUUUAAAUAAAAUGUUUCUGAACUUGAUGUCCCUUUAGCUACACUAUCAUCCAACAAAUAAAAUGUCUCCUAAUUUCAGCAUGAAAUUGCGCUAUUCAAUAAUAUCUUAAUUUUAGAAUUAGGUCUACAUAAGAAAUGAGCCUAAAAACCCCCACCCC